CAACAGCACAUGACCUGUAAGCCCAGCACAGCUUCUCAAGGCAAAAAAGACAACUGCAAGAAAAUAAGAAGACCAACACUUUACAGUGUCUACUAUCUGAAAGAAAAGGGAAAUAUCGAUUAACGGUCAAGAUGAAGAGCGUUUUCAGGAUAUUACUGUUAACAUGUGCUCUGUGUUUCAUUGAAGCGACUUACCGUUGGCCUAAUAAUUUUGGAAAAGGCCCUGGUAUUCCAACACGGAAGCAGGCUGGUGAGUGCAUGCCUGAUGGAAGUGAUGAAAGCAAAUAUGGAGGAAAAGUGUCAGUAACAGUCAAUGGACGAAUCUGUAUUCCCUGGGAUGUACUCCCAAUCAGAAGACAUCUGGCCCUUUCCCUUAAGAACUGCCAUCAUAACUUCUGCAGGAAUCCAGAUGGCAGAUUUAGGCCUUGGUGUAUGGUAAGAAGAGGAAAACGUCUGAUCCAAGAAAGCUGUGACAUUCCCACCAGUGAAACAAAGACGACCACAAGUCCAGCACCUGAACCACUAAAGCAAGACACAGAAUUAACAUGUGGGGAGCGAAACUUACCCCAUAUGUCAAAGAUUGUUGGAGGAUUAAGGUCAUCUGUUGAGUCUCAGCCUUGGAUGGCAGCUAUCUUCAUGGGAAAUGGGUUUGUUUGUGGAGGAACUCUCAUUGCUCCAUGCUGGGUCCUCACUGCAGCUCACUGUUUCCCUUCAGGUGAGGAAACAAAAAUAUGGAAAUACUCUGUCUCCUUGGGAAGGAAUACCAUCAGUGAAACUGACUCAAAAGAGCAGAAAUUCUCUGUGAGCAAACUUGUGGUCCAUCAAGGCUUUGACUACAGAACUGAAAACUACACCCAUGACAUUGCUCUACUGAAGAUAGUGAACGGUGAUGGCAAAUGUGCCAUGAAGACAAACUCGGUGAGAACCGCCUGCCUUCCUCCAUUCCAGCAAAUGGUUCCCUCAGGAUUCUACUGUGAGAUUGCUGGCUAUGGAAGAUAUCAAAGGGGUGGCUUUGAAUAUUCCCGACAUCUGAAAAUGGCUCGGGUCGAACUAAUUUCCCAGAGUGACUGCCAGCACAAGUAUUACAAUGAGGACGAAGUCAACAGAUACAUGUUUUGCGCAGCUGGCAGAAAUUGGGAAGACGAUGCUUGCCAGGGUGACUCUGGAGGGCCCUUAGUAUGCGAAAUAAAUAACACAAUGUUCCUAUUCGGUAUCAUUAGCUGGGGAAAAGAGUGUGCGGAACAGUCAAAUCCAGGGGUUUACACAAAAGUCACCAAAUAUAACCAAUGGAUAGCAAAGCAUACGGGUUUACCCGCAUAUACAAUAGGUUCCAGGUUUCCACAGAAGGAUUAACUUUGGAGGGGAGACAAAAGGCUGUGCAAAAUAAAUGUGCCAGUAUUUUCUGCCACUCAGGUGACAUAUGGCAGCUACAUGUGUGUUGCAAUCAUAUAAGAAUCUUUGACAGUGUUGUCAAUACAACAGAUGAAAUAGAUGUAAUAAGCAUAAAUCAUAUUUAUUUGCACAAAUGUGCUUUCCCAGAGUGUCUGUCUUUUUAAAGGUUUGAUUUGUUUUAUACCUUUCCAAACUAUUUUAUUCAGACCUGAUGUUAAUGACAGGGAUGUAGAUUUAAUGUGUUAAUUUAAUUUUUAAUGUAUUGCAAAAAUGUAUGUUAUUUAUUUUUUAAGAAUCAUUGUAAAACUGUCUUAUACAGGUCAGGAAUUUUAUACAGAAGGUAUUGAAAUGUAAUUUUCUCAGUAUUUUAAGAAAUAAAAU